AUGAGUAAUAGAGAAAAAAGUGAUUUACGAUCAGAACAAUGCGUUAAAUCGAAAGACGAAAAGGAAAGAAAGAAAUCAGUGUCAUCCCAAAGUGAUGAUUCUGAUUCUAAGAAAAAAAGACGUAACACAUGUAGCAAGGAUAAAAGGAAAAAAUCAAAGCAUAGGAGUAGCUCUAGUAGUUCUGGCUCCUCUAGUAUUUCCAGUCGUGAUGCUGGUAAACAUCAGAAUGAUAGGGAUAGAAGAAACGACAAAUGGGAUAAGAGAUAUGAGAAUGGUGUUAGACCAUAUCGACUGAAUCCAAGGGAAGGUAGAGGAUAUUAUAAAGGACGGGGUGGAUAUUUGGAUAAUCGUAAACGUAGUUUUGGGUAUCGACCUUAUAAACAUUCUGGAUUUUAUGAUAGAAAUAGGCAUAAUAAUUUGCAAUAUAAUAGAUAUAAUAAUGAAAGGAGAGGUAAUAGAUUCUUAAAUCAUAACAAUAGAAGACCACUUUACGAUAGAUCUAGAAGUAGAAGCACUUUAGACCAGGAUCAGCAAAAAAACUUAAAAGAUUCUAGUGAACACUCUAGAGAAAGUGAUUCCAAAGAAAGAUAUGUAAAACAAACUAAUACUGAUAAAGCAGAGACAAAAAGAAAAGAUACAGAUGAUCCUUAUGCAAAAGGAAAAGAAAAGAAAAGAGAUGAUGACAUAUACGAAAAGGAUCAUGUCCGCAAAAGGUCAAAGAGGAAAAGGUCUUUGUCAUCUUCAAGUUCCUCAAGUGUUAGUAGUAGUAGCAAUAGUACUAGCAGUAGCUCUAGUACUAGUAGUAGCACCAGUAGUUGUAGCAGCAGCAGUUCAGAUACUUCUGAAGAUGAGAAAAAACGUAAGAAAGCAAGAAGGAAAGCUAAAAAGUUGAAAAAGGCUAUGAAAAAGCGUAGAAAGAAGAAAAGAAUGAAGAAAAAAUUGAAGAAGAAAUUGAAAAAGUCAAAAAAGAAAUCACGAAACACUGAUAAAUCUAAAGAAAGUGUUUCUAAAGAUGUUUCACAAGAAAUAUCUGAAAAGUCAAAGGCAAUGGCACCCAUGACAAAAGAAGAAUGGGAAAAAAAGCAAAGUGUAAUACGUAGAGUUUAUGAUGAAGAAACUGGAAGAUACAGGUUAAUUAAAGGUGAUGGAGAAGUUUUAGAAGAACUAGUAAGUAGAGAACGUUAUAAAGAGAUAAAUAAGCAAGCAACUAAAGGGGAUGGAGAAUACUUCCAAGCACGCAUGAAAGCCAAUGUUUUAUGAACUAUUUUUCUAUAUAUGCUAAAAAAAAUAUCCUUAUAUAAUAAUUACUUUAUUGUCAGUGUUAAAGUCCUGUACAUGUUUUAUAACAUCUCAGAGAUAAUACUUAAAUGUUGUACAUCAAUGAAACUUCUCUAUAGUGUGAUUUUAAUUAUAUUACAUGGACAAACGAUUUGAUCUAGAAUGUUUAUGACCAAAUGUUGAAAUAUAAUCAACAACGAACAUAAUUUAGAUUCUAAGCCAAUUUUAUAUAGUUAUAUUUUUUUCAUACUAUGAUUAUUUAUGUUCAUUGUCAUGUAUGAUAAUAAAACAAAUUACACCUUUGAAUACAUUAUAAAAACACUAAACAUAAUGUAAUAAUACAUAUAAAGAAACUUUGUAAUUAUUCAUUAUUUCUAUAAACCAAUUACAUUAUUUUCAUAAAUAAACAAUUAAGUAACAACUAACAAAUUACUUUCAAAAUAUAAAUUUUAUUUCUUUAUACGAAUAAUUCUAUUGUAUUCCAUAUGUACAAACUAUAUCACACAUUUCUUAAAUUUUAUAGUCUUUUUCUGACUUAUCAGUAUAUCGGCAUAUAAAAAUUUUAUUACAAAUAUCAGGGUAACUGA